AUGCGCCUACCAUUCCCUCUCAAUCUGCGCGUCGGCACAGAUAUCAUCGCCACCAACCGCAUCUUGUGCCCGAUCAAGCCCGACCAAAAGCGACUUCUCCAACUAACAAAACGCUAUCUCCAUCCAAGUGAAAUUCAUAUCCUGAACCAAAGAUUCCCGUCCUGGGCAUCUUCAGCCUCACUGACUGGACUCCAGAUCCGCCAGUUAUCCGGCUGGCUAGCAGGUCGUUGGGCCGCCAAAGAAGCCGCCAAGAAGGCUUGGGGCGCGACGCUCUUGAGCUUCAAAGAGCUCAAGGUCGAGCCUGAGAGCGGCGGUGCCGUGCUAAUGGUCUGUGAUGUUGGUGGCCAUGACUCGAUCGAGUCCUCGUCCGUUAUCAGCGACAAAGUCACGGAGCAGGUCGCCCAGUUGAGUAUCAGUCACGAUGGCGAUUAUACUGUUGCGACUGUUAUUGCGACCCCUCUCCACGAUGAUAUUAUGGCCAAAUUACGCGCCAGAAAGGCGCUUGCCGAGGCGCGAGUCUCAGGCCUAGAGUGA